AUGAGCGGCCAUCAAGAUGUACAUGCAAAAGCCAUCCCACAAUUAUGGGACAGAGGAAUCCAAACUGCAAAAGAAAUACAAAAACGAACGGCACUGGCCACCAAACUUUUAAUAAAAGUUCAGGUCUCGCACGUAACCGUUUGGAAUCAUUUGACUGAGCUUGGCUAUAUAAAAAAAAAUCGAGCAGAG